GCUUUACCAGAUUUCUGCUGUUUAAAGGCUACCUGCUUCAACGAGUUUGAUGGAUUUUAAGUUAAAAACGAACCCUAACCCUAACCCUAACGACUAUGGUAAAAAGGCCCAAAUUGUUGAUCUUGGAAACGGAAGCAGUGUAGUUUACGUUCCCAAGUUUUUAGCAUACGAUGUCUCAUGGGAAUUCUUCAGUUACCUCGACAAUCACAUUCCUUGGACCAGACCCACCAUUCACGUCUUUGGUCGAUCUUGCAUGCAGCCAAGGGACACAUGUUAUGUAGCUAGUGCUGGAUUGCCCGACUUGAUUUACAGUGGAUAUCAACCUCGUGCUUAUUCUUGGGAUGAAUUCCUCCCGCUUAAGGACAUCUUGGAUGCGGUCCAUAAAAUUCUUCCCGGGAGCAUGUUUAAUAGUUUGCUUUUGAAUCGGUACAAAGGGGGUAAUGACUACAUAGGCUGGCAUAGUGAUGAUGAGAAGCUCUAUGGCGCCAUUCCCUUAUCCACAUUUUUAAAAGAACUCAUCGCUGGAAUUGAAGAGCAAAGAAUCUGA